AAGCUGGAAAAUCACUGCAGAGAGAUAAACCAAGAAGUAAUGCUGUCAGUAAACGGAUGGAUAUUGAUAUAAAUUCAGCCACACCAACUGGUGAAGGAGGUAAAGUCUUCUCAGCUAAGGAUGUAAUAGAUCAAAUACCGAAGACAGAUGAUGGUGGUAGACCCAUCCCGGAAUGGAAACGUCAGAUUAUGGCGAGAAAAGCAGCCGAACAAGCAACUAAAGAAGCGGCUGAAAAUAUGAAGAAAAAGAAGGAGGAAGAGCAAGAAAAUAAAUACAAGAAUUUGCCCGCCUGGAAAGCUGAUUUAUUGAGAAAAAAAGAGGAAGCUGCAGCUCAAGAGAGGAAAGAAGAGGAAGAAAGAAAGAGAAGACUGGAAGAAGACCGGCAGCGAGCAGCGAGAUUGGAAAAGGAAAGAAAGAAGCAAAACAGAAGUGGAGCAUUAAAACCUUGGGAAAAAGAAAUCCAGAAAGCCAGAGAGGGCAGUGAAGAGCAAUAUGUGUGACAUCUCACAUGAUUUAUUUGAUCUAGAGUUAGCCUGACAAGGUCGUGUGAGUGAAGCUCUUCGCUGUGUUCAAAACCCAACACACGCCUGACAGAACUUCCCCAACGAUAUUUUGUUGCUAUCAAUCAAAUUGCAGGAGCGUCAUCAAAGCGUAACCAUUCAAAUUUCCGCCCAAUGUUCAUCAUCUUGUUGAAAACAGUCUAUGAUUUUUGCCAACAAUGCAAACACGGCUUUUAUUGGCGGUGUUACCAUGACGACAAAAAUGAAUAUUCAUUGAAACUCAUUGCAAGAAGGCAUGAAAUUUGGGAUUUCGCAGUAUUCAUCUUGACGACGAGACAUACACUAUUCUGUCCGGCGUUAGUGGGGUGUAGUGAGGGCGCCACUCACACCUACAUGUCGGGCUAACUCUACAGUAAUUAUUUUACUUUUGAUACAUCUGCAUUGAACAUUGAACAGUUCCCACUAAAUCUGCAAAAACAAUCGUAAUCAGGUCCCUCACAUAAAUUAUUUACCAGGCUUGACACGUAACUUGUUAAAUGUUUGUAUAUUUACUUCCUUGCCUGUAAAUGAAUGCUCAGCUUCUAAAAAAAAUGGUUGCUAUGUAAACAUUGGUGUCUUGUAUCUCACAUCAAAAGCAAAUUUAUUAUAUUAAUAUCACAUUAGAUGGCCAUAGAAAUAAUUAGCAUGAUGUUUUGAAUAAUAUUUAUUAAAUACCAAAAUUAAACUUUUACUGUUACAUGCAAAUACGAUCAAAUUUUUAACAACAAAAAUCACCAUGGAGUCAGAAUAAACUGAGUAAUUUUGUUUAUUUUGCCCCAAAUAUUUAUUCCAGAUCAGUAUGUGAUCAAAUGUUUCUUUCAAUUUGUUUUGUAAAUUACAAGUGUACAUUAUUAGGCAAAAUAAAUAUUUGAUUGAUUGAUUGACUGAAAUGUCCAUAUUAUAUAACAUUUUAUAUCAUUUUUCAUUUGUCCAUUUAAUAUAUGUUAGAUCAAUUUUCAUUUCCCUAUAUUAUUUAAAGCGCUAUAGUCGUCAUGCCGCAGUGUUCGAAAUUGACCAAUAGCGAUGUACAUGUAUGCAACACGUUUAUAAUACAUUGUUUCUUUAUACAAAAAUCUAACACGAGUUGCGUGACUAUUGUCGCACUUUAAUAUGUUAGAUUAUUUUUUAUUUUUACAUAAAAUGUUAGAUUUUUUUUCAUUUGUCAUAUUCAUGGACAUAUUAUAUCUGUAUAUAUGAUUUUUCAGGCAAUACAUCUGAUUUUAGGUUUAUUGUUAUUUUGUAUGAUUUGUAGAAUAUCAAAACCUAUAUCAGAUUGAUUGAAGUUUGUAAAUUUGUCAAAAUAAAUUUAAACUGGAAACUUAAAAAUUGUACAUCAUACAAAAUUUACUUUCUGUUUUUCAUCACAAUUUACUCAUUCUUACAGUCGCCAGAAAACAAUUCUUAUAUGAAGGACGGCGGUUGUCAUGCCGCGCCCUGUUCGAUAUAAGAUAAGAUAACUUUAUUGACAUUAUUCUUUCUAUAGCAGAUGAACAUAGUCAAGUAAAAUUAAAAAAAAAGUAAAGAGGAUAAUCAAAUAGAACUCAUAGUGAAGUAUAUAACAUGUGUAAAUUACAGUUGACUGUUUACAUGAAACUCGAAUAUGCGCUGUGUGCCA